CAAGUGCACUUUGUUGGCUAGGAAGUUGGAAAGGGUAUAGAGCUCUGCAUCUGUCCUAUAUCUUAUUCCCUUCAAUGAACCUGCUUUGUAUGAUGUCCAAGAAUGUCCAUUUCUGGAGCUCUCAGUAACUAUUUUGUGGAGUCCAUAAUUAGCCCUGAGAGUGAGGAGCCCUCGGCACCCAAAUUCUCUGGACAGUACCCCAGCCCACGGCCGGCAGCACACCCAGAGACUCUGGACUUCCCCUCUUGUAGUUUCCAGCCCAAACCUCCCGUGUUCAGUGCGUCCUGGACCCCCCUGAACCCGCACAGCGCUUCUCCUCUGCCUCCUGUCUACCACCCUUACAUCCAGCAGGGUGCUCCCACUUCAGAGACCAGGUACUUACGGGGCUGGCUGGAGCCGCUGCCAAGGGCAGAGACUGGACCAGGACAGGGCGCUGUAAAGGCUGAGCCGCUGCUGGGUCACCCUGGGGAUCUGCAGAAAUUGGGAACCCAAGAGUACAGUCUAGAGUCGCCUGCUGUAAGAGAGGAGGCUAAUGAGAGGCCCACUUUCCAGGACAAUAAACUGUGCGAAGGAAGCGAGGACAAAGACAGGCCACAUCAAACUAACCCAUCUGCUAACUGGUUGCACGCCAGAUCCUCCAGGAAGAAGAGAUGUCCUUACACCAAAUUCCAGACCCUGGAGCUGGAGAAGGAGUUUCUGUUUAACAUGUACCUGACCAGGGACAGGAGACACGAGGUGGCCAGGCUACUUAACCUGAGCGAAAGACAGGUGAAAAUCUGGUUUCAGAACCGACGGAUGAAAAUGAAGAAGUUGAACAAGGAACAGGGGAAAGAUUAGCCCAUGACUUCCCCACAAUGCACCUGCUCCCUAUUUAUGAUACACUGACACAAUUAAACUUGCAUAGGACUUACUCAUCUCUCUUUGCAUGACAUAUAAAGACUGUUGUAAUAUUGCCAGCUAGUGUUCCAACAGACACCUUUAAUGUGAUUUUCUGUGUUAAAUGUCCACAAGGAAUCUAUAACUGUCCAUCUGUAGACAGAGGAUACUGUAUGUGACCUACUUGAAUGUAGAGGUCUAAACACGGGUGCUAGUAUGUAUAUGAUUUCACAUCCAACAAGAAAGCAGACAGUGAAUUAUAUAAUGUAUCCUCAUACCAUCCAUCAGCAUUAUCAUGAAGAGGUAUAUAUAAAAUAUAUAUAUUUAAUAUACACUUCCUCUAUUAAACGCUUUACCAGCAAACCCAAUUUUUAUACUGAGCCAGAAUACUGCGCCUGACAGCACACUGGAUGUCCUCAAUUUGUUAAAAUAGUUUUUUAGAAAAACCGAAUUGUAAAAAGAAAAAAAAAAGUAUAAAAAAUGUGUUUUUGUUUGGUUUGUUUUUUGUUGUUUUGUUUUUUUUAGGAAGAAAAUAGGUAAAUAAAGACGGUGAAUUUGUCCCUAGAAUUAGCUAUUUCUAAUUUAUUGUGAAAUAACGUUUUUACGAGAUAUAGGUUUUGCUUUUCCUGUGCCAAGUAAAGUAUUUGUAUAUUUUCUAUGUUGGAAAACUCCUAUACUUGAAAGUUUUGUGUUUGUGUGUAAAUAUAUAUAUAUAAAUGAAUGUAGUGUUUGGAUGGAAUUAUCCUGUCUUUUUGAAACUGUUUACAACGGGGAUG